AGGCGUGGACUUGUAUAUAAGCUCUUGUAGCUGUCUGGGCAGGUUUUGGUGACGGAGAGGAAUAGCAGUUGUGUUCUCAGUCUCAUUAGCAGCAGGCUGCUGCCAUGUCUACAUUAACAUCAGCACCACAUGUGGCUUUCUUCAUGUUAUUUUGGAUACUUUCUCUGGCUGCAGACCAUCCAGAGGUACCAGAGAAGGCUGGAGACGACGUCACUCUUCAGUGUCAGGCUCCCAGAGAUGCUCAGAUUAACAUGUUGGAGUGGAGCAGACCUGAUCUAGAGUCAGAUCCUUACAUCUUCCGGUUCAUACCAGGAGAGUCAACUACGCGAAACCAGCACUCCUCAUAUCAUCAUCGAGUGAACCUGAGUGAUCCAGAGAUGAAGGGUGGAGACCUUUCUGUUGUUCUGAAGAACGUCAGCGUCAGCGACACCGGAACAUACCGGUGUCGAGUUGGAAUCAGUGGGGGAGGAAAACCUAAAGUCUACAGCACCAUCCAGCUGAUUGUCUCAGACCUGAUUGUGGAAGUGCCCUGUGGAGAUAAUGCAACUCUGCAAUUUAAGACUGCUUAUCCCUCCAUCAGCGAUGUAAAUUUGACCAGACCUGACCUGAAGCCAGAUACCAUCUUCUGUUACAAUAAUAAAUCCUUGAAUACAGACGACCAGAAUCCAUCCUUUAAGGACAGGGUGGAGCUGGUGGACCGAGAUCUGAAGGACGGAGACGUGUCUUUAACUCUGAAGAAUGUGAACAUCAACGACACUGGAACAUACGAGUGUCAUGUUAGAGCAGCUGGUCCAAAACGUAGAAGGAGAGCCACCACUGAUGAAAAGCCAAUCAGAACCAUCAGCAUCAUCCGUCUGCAGGUUACAGAGCCAGCAGGUGCUCGUGGAAACGGUGGAUUGGCAGCAGGUGUUGUGUUUCUUGUAGCUGCUGUUGCUGCAGUGGUUGGUGGCCUGAUGUAUAAAAGACGUCGGGACAACAGACCAAAACCUCCUGCUGCUGAUGAAGCAGGAGACACUUCAACUCCUCUGACAACUUAGAGAUCUGCUCAGUAAAACCCACAUACUGUUUUCAAGUAAAAAUUAGUCUGUUACUACAAAGACAUUUUACUCGAGUAAAAGUUCUGUUACUUUAAAGACUCCAAUAAUGUCCCCCCUCUGAAUCUCCACCUUACCGUGAUGUGGGGGGGGUCUGGGAUCUGUAUCAUCUGGAGCUCUGAGAUCCAUGAUGAGAUGGUCCCAGACUAAGUUAAUCAGUUCAAAUUAUCUUUACCUUUAGAGAACUAGAAUAUUUAACAUGAGUAAAAGUAAUGUUGCUUUAAAGAAAAAGAAAAUUGACGUAACUUAAAGUGCUUUUACAUUCAAUACAUUUUCCUCAAUUUAAAAUAAAAUGACUCACUAAUUGAUUCUUGAAAAUUGUGCUCAGAUAAAAGUAAAAGAUAUGUCAUUAAAAUGUUCUUUAAGAGCAGAAUGAAGCCGAAAACAGAGAUGUUCAGACAAUAUAAACUCAGCAGCAGUACACAGAAAUACUUUACUCCAUUAAACAGAAUGUACUAGUAAUGUACUCAGCAUUUAUCUAUCACUGAGAGCUUUUAACAGGCAAUGAUGUUUCUUCAGUUGUAAAUAUCAGCAGAGAGCUCUUCAACAUGUCAUCUGUUUGUGUGUUUGAUCAGGUCAUGUUACGCUUAUUUAGCAUUUUAGCAUUUAGCAUAUAAAGGUUCAUGGCUUCUGCUUGGAAUAAUAUAUUUCCAGCUAAUGAUAUAAUAUAAUAAAUGCCUAAUGGUAAAGUCUGCCUCUUCCUUUAGAGAACUAGAAAAUUUACUCUAGUAAAAGUACUGUUGCUUUAA